CCUGGUCCCGCCGGCCGGGCAUGAGCGAGCCGCAGCCAUGGACACCAAGCAUUUCCUGCCGCUGGACUUUUCCACCCAGGUGAACUCAUCGUCUCUCAACUCCCCAACGGGCCGAGGGCCCAUGGCAGCGUCCUCCCUGCACCCACCCCUGGGGCCAGCCAUCGGUUCUCCUCUGGGCUCUCCUGGCCAGCUGCACUCACCCAUUGGCACCCUGAGCUCUCCGAUCAACGGCAUGGGUCCACCUUUCUCGGUCAUCAGCUCGCCCAUGGGCCCACACUCCAUGUCUGUACCCACUGGACCUUCCCUGGGGUUUGGCGCCGGCAGCCCCCAGCUCAACUCGCCCAUGAACCUGGUCAGCAGCACCGAGGACAUCAAACCCCCGCUGGGCCUCAAUGGCGUCCUCAAGGUCCCCGCCCACCCCUCAGGAAACAUGGCGGCCUUCACCAAGCACAUCUGUGCCAUCUGUGGUGACCGCUCCUCAGGCAAGCACUACGGGGUCUACAGCUGUGAAGGCUGCAAGGGUUUCUUCAAGCGCACGGUGCGUAAGGACCUGACGUACACCUGCCGCGACAACAAGGAUUGCCUGAUCGACAAGCGGCAGCGGAACCGAUGCCAGUACUGCCGCUACCAGAAGUGCCUGGCGAUGGGCAUGAAGCGGGAAGCUGUGCAAGAGGAACGGCAGCGGGGUAAGGACCGGAAUGAGAACGAGGUGGAAUCCACCAGCAGUGCCAACGAGGACAUGCCCGUGGAGAAGAUCCUAGAGGCCGAGGUGGCUGUGGAGCCCAAGACGGAGACGUACGUGGAGGCGAACGUGGGGCUGAACCCCAGCUCGCCCAAUGACCCCGUCACCAACAUCUGCCAGGCAGCUGACAAGCAGCUGUUCACCCUUGUGGAGUGGGCCAAGCGGGUCCCGCACUUCUCGGAGCUGCCCCUGGAUGACCAGGUCAUCCUGCUUCGGGCAGGCUGGAACGAGCUGCUCAUCGCUUCCUUCUCCCACCGCUCCAUCACGGUGAAGGACGGCAUCCUGCUCGCCACCGGUCUCCAUGUGCACCGCAACAGCGCUCACAGCGCAGGCGUGGGUGCCAUCUUCGACAGGGUGCUGACGGAGCUCGUGUCUAAGAUGAGGGACAUGCAGAUGGACAAGACGGAGCUUGGCUGCCUACGCGCCAUUGUCCUCUUCAACCCCGACUCUAAGGGGCUUUCGAACCCUGCUGAAGUUGAGGCGCUGAGGGAGAAAGUCUAUGCAUCCUUGGAGGCUUACUGCAAGCACAAGUACCCCGAACAGCCGGGCAGGUUCGCCAAGCUCCUGCUCCGCCUGCCUGCCCUGCGCUCCAUCGGCCUAAAGUGCCUGGAACAUCUUUUCUUCUUCAAGCUCAUUGGGGACACACCCAUCGACACUUUCCUCAUGGAGAUGUUGGAGGCUCCCCACCAAAUAACCUAGACCCCGGCCUGUCCUUGAGCCCACCCGCCCGGUCCCUGGCGGCCACCAGCUGCUCUUCUCAGCCCCAGUCCGUUCCCCCUUCUCCGCCUGGACCUGUGGAACCGCUUGCCACUGCUACGCCUACGAGACAUCUGUGUUAUUUUCUCGCUACUUGUCUGUGGACCCAGG